AUGAACUUGGACGAGGGUCUCAAUUUCACCAAAGCAGCUACGCAGAAAAUACUUAACAAGUUGGUUUAUAGCAAGCAUCCAGCCACCGUGACUGUAAUCGAGAUAUCAGCAGUGAUUGGUAUAGUGGUGUGGGCUGCUGGUUAUCGGCUAAUUAGGCCAUGCAUGUUCCUCGCUGGAUUUGUUCUAGGAUUCCUCAUUUUCUACGUAUUCAGCCCACUGAUCUUUAAGACACAACUGUGCUGUGGUCCUAACGGGAAGGAAAUAGCCCACGUUUUGUUCAGUGCAUUGGUCGGUGUGUUUGGUGGAUUUUUAGGAUGUCGAUUAUACAGACUUGGUGUGUUCACAAUCGGAGAGUGUCUAGGACUGCUGGUUGGCCUUACAAUUCUUAGCACUCCGCUGUACAAGUACUUUCACAGUAACAUUGCCUACGCCGCUUUGAUGGCAACAGUUUCACUCAUGUUCGGAUCGCUGGCUCACUUCUAUGAGAAACCGGUCGUAGUCAUAGCAACAGCUUGCGCUGGAUCAUUUGCUGUGUUCUAUGGAGCUGACUAUUUUCUUCGGACAAGUUUUUCCGUCACAAUUGAGGCCUUUCUGUUGAGAAUCCGGGACGUUCUCUGGGACGGGCUGAAAUCAGAGCUCUCAAAUUGGACCUACAGGGCUAAAGUUCCCGACCAUCUGGCAGUCCGUUUUACAAACAACGCCAUCCCAGUGUUUGUGUGUUGGGGCGUAAGUACAGCUGUCGGAUGUGCUAUUCAGUACAAAGUAACAGCUAACAGUUUAAACAGUAACUCUAAUCUUCUACAAUUCUGCAACUGCUGCGACAGACCCAAGCCCGAUAGAUGA